AUGGCAGGUCAAGGCGAUCAUUUCAAUAGAAAAGACCUGUACAACAACAAUUCAGCUAAUCAUUUUUAUCAACUCCCACCUUUCGACACAACUAUACGCCCAUGUUUACCAGGGUUGGAAACUUCAAAUAAUGUCCAUCACUUAGAGACGCAGGGCCGCCUUGCUCAGAUUUACCAGUCCCAUCCUCUGCCACAAGCCGUCUCUCAGCAGUCAUAUUCAGCACAUUUGAUGUCACAUAAUCAUGAACAUGCAAAUAAGCAAGAAGCGAUCUCCAGAAAGCCUACCAUACAACCUAUGAAGUAUCCUUCCAACACAAUGCCGGCAGAUUCUACCCCAAAAGAAAUAGACCUAGGAAAACUCUUAACUUCCAUGGCUGAGGAAUACUUUGAGGCUGCCCGUAUACUUGCACCUUGCACUGCACGCACAAUGAAUGCCAAACAUAUAGAAAAGAGCCAAAAGUUAGUAGCGACUGGCCUGGGAUGUUUGGAGACAGCCCUGAAGCGUGUUAUGGGACUAGACCCGAGAGACGAAGCAUGUAUACGGCUAAGGUACGCCGGUGUCUUAUUUGAAGAAACUGAGAAUUCUAUGGAAGCGGAAACAACUCUAAGUAAAGGUAUCGAACUUUGCGAACGUAAUCACUACUAUGAUCUAAAGUAUGCUAUGCACUUCUUACUUGCCAAAUGUAUAGCAAAAAGUAAUCUUAGGGCGUCUAUCAAGGCGCUUGAUGCUCAGAUUUCAGAGGCAGAGACAUAUAAAAACAUCUCCUGGGUAUACGCCUUUCGAUUCCUUCGUGCCACUUACUCCCUGACUUGUGGAACAUUUAUUGAGCAUAAUGCUGCAGUGCGUAAUUUGAAGGCUAUUGAAGUUCUUGCAGAAAAACAUGGUGAUAGACCAAUCCAUCUGGUCGCAUCUCUCAUGGAAGUUAUAGCUCAUCUAAAGAUUGCGGGACCAGAGGCUUCUCAGAAUUUGAAGUCCGCUAUGGCCUCUGUAUGGAGUCAUCAAACAGAUCCCAGCUGCUACAUUGCCCCGCUCACGGGCCUAGCACAUAUUCUAGAUUUGGCCUGUAGCAUCAGAGAAGGAGAUCCUCAAGUACUCAAUAAAUUACAGUCUGCUCGCCUAGCCAUAGAUGCAAGCAUCCGAGAUAAGGGUUGGAAUUCUAGUGAUACCAUCACAAUCCCUAUUAAAAGAACCCCUAACAGCUCACAUGUAGUGAGCACUGAUACUAGAAUGAUAUUGGGGGUCGGAAAGGAUGGAGUAGAUAUGUUGAUGUUGACCUUCUUUGACCAGAAAGAAACUUACUGCAUUUCCUGUCUGCUUUAUGGUAUAAUCUUGCUUCAAAGGAGCACAAAUGAGAGACUCCUCGCGCUCAAAUAUCUCAAUCAAGUUUUGCCAUUACUAGAAAAAGAAGACGAUAUCAAAUCAUCAUCAUCAAAGAGUCUUCCAAACGCCAUAUUACCGGAUCUACUAUCCAAACGUCAGUGGCGGGGACAAGUACUUUGUUACACACGUAUUUUCCUAGCAUUUUGUCAUACUUUGGGUGCUGAAUGGUCUGAGGUUAAAAAAUGUCUCGAGGAGCUGAGAAGAAUAGUGGACACUUUCCAAAUUCCUCUAGCAACUCAUUUAGAAAGCUUAUUAUUCUAUUUAGGAGGCGUGUUCUACCAGGGGAGUGGUGACCUAGACGCCGCUCUUGGUGUAUUUCAGGAUUCACGUUUCAAUCUUCCUACAGAAAAGCCUUCUAACAUCAGUUCAAUUGAGCAGAUGGAAUAUGAUAUAGCAAUUUUGGCAAGGCUUAAUGCUCUUUCUAUUCUACAAGAUCCACCAAGGCUAGAUCUAAUCAGAAACGCCUUGAUGAUUAAGAUGCUAGAGCCUUUAUGUAUAGGCCAUGCAAACCAAGAUAUUGUGAAUGCAUUUAACUUGAUAAUGGUAACAGUUAAAACUGAACCACCCAAGAGUAUGAUGGAGAUCAAACAUCACCUCAGCGCAGCACUAAAUGGGACAAAAAGGACGAACAAUUUGCAAUUACUGUCUAUCACUGUCACAUUAAUGUUCAGCUUCUUUUUCGUCGGAGUUCUCGGAACACAAGCGGAAAAUGGCGCUCAAGCUGCAUCACGGACAGCUGCUAAAAGCGGGAACCCUCUUUGGAUGAGCGUUACCGAUGGUAUGCUUGCACGCUGCUAUGAGCUUCAUGGGCGAGUGAGUGAGGCGGAAGCCACCACUGUACUUGCACUGAAGUCUGCCGAGAAACUCAGCUUCAAAUCUUGA